AUGAGUGUCAGAGUUAAACUGGAUAAUAAAGAAAGAGGUUAUUACGCUUCUUUGUAUUAAGCAGUGGAUGCUACAAAUACAGGCUAAAUUGGAGGAGCUUAAGCAGUCACAUUUUUUAAAAGGUCAGGAUUAUCAAUAGAUAUUCUCAAGAAGAUUUGGUUAAUUAGUUCACCAAAUAAUUAAACUUUGAAUAAGGAAGAAUUCUAUGUAGCUCUUAAGCUCAUCAGCUUUGCGCAAAAUAAUAUUGAGGUUUCGAAUGAUUCCAUUUAAAGAUGUAUUCCAAGUCCAUUACCAUAAUUCUAAUCUGAUACAGAAGAAAUUUACAAACUAAGACCUGAAUAAGAAAGGUUAUAUCAGAAUUAUAUAUAAUAAUUGGAUCAUUCAAAUUCCACAGUCUCAACUUAAAUGGCAAUCAAUUUAUUCAAGAAAACUCCAAUCACUUAAUUCUAAUUAUAGAAUAUCAUCAAUCUAGUUGAUCCAACCCUGUAAACAAAACCAAGAAUAACAACCCAUUCCUAUAUUGUUAUCGCCCAUCUAAUAUCUUUAGCCUCUUAGAGUGUACCAAUACCAUAAAAAUUACCAAACUCCUUAUAAGAAUACUUAAAUUAACAAAUGGUGAUAUCGUAAAAUCUUAACGUUAAUAAUCCACCUAUUAAUCCUUAACCUGCUGUUGUGCCUAAAUCAAAUGAUUUAAUAGACUUUGAAGCUAAUUUUGAUAAAUCCAAGUCUCCAAUUGAUAAAUAUAGUGCCUUCAAUUACAUGGAAAUUCCAAAUCCUGUUAUUGAGUAACCUGUCUAAUAAUAGCCAUAAGCCUAACUAGUGACAUCUCAAUCAUUCAAAAUACCAGCUAAAUCAACUUAAUAACCAAUCUUAAAACAACAAAAGUCUUUUGAUUUAAUGUUGAAUGAAAACGAUUCACAACCAUAAUAAAGUAUAUAGUAAAAUGUUCCAUAAUAAUAGUAAUAAACUGCUGUUUAAAUAUAGCCAAUUACUUAAUAAUCUAUAAAGACAGUAGAUUUUUAAAAAUAAGUUUUGCUUCAAGAACAAAUGUUAAUGUAACAGCAAUAGUUAGAAUAAAAUUACAAGGAAGCCAAUGAUCUGCUAAAUGAAUUCAAGGAAUCUCAUGAAAAGAUCCUGAUUUCAAGUUAAAGUUAAUUGGAAUCACUACAGACUUCAAAUGAAUAAUAUAAGACCCUAUUAAAAAAGAUUUCAGAUGAAAAUUAUUUAUUUUAAGAAGAACUUAAAUAAGUUGAACAGUAGAAAAAGAAACUGACAGAAUCUUUAAGUAAAUAAGCCAUAGAAAUCAAUUAAAAAUUAGGAUUGAAUAUUUAAUUAAAGCAAGAAUACUCAAAAUAGACUACUAAUACAAUUAAUGCAGUUACAGAUUACGCUAAUUAAAUAAUUGGAGAUUUAAGAUCUAAUUAUGAAAUUGAGUAAGAAAGAAAAAAAAGAUAAGAAUAAGAAAUUGUUAAAGAACUUAAAUUAUAAAGAGAUUAAAUGAGUUCAAUUUUUGAGGCUUUGACUUCUUUAUCUAAAAAUGUGAAAUAAUAUCAAAAAGAUUCCACUCCUUACUAGCCAAUAGAGACGCAUGAAAUAAAUGGAGCAUUCUCAUAAGUUUAAUAAUCAUAAAAGAGUAAAUCUAAUUAAAUAUCAUUGGAUUAAUAACAGGUUGUUGAAGUAAUGGACAACAAAAUAGAUAUAAUUGAUAUAUCAACAAAAAAAUAGUAAGAAUUUUACCAAGAUUUAAAUAAACAAGCUGAUUUGAAUAAGACAGAGUAAAUUGAUGUAUUUUCUUUAUAUAAUGAUAAAUAACAAAAAGAUUUAAUUAAAUAGGUAGUCUAAACAGAAUAGAAUGACUAAAAAUAAUAAAUUGAUUAAUUUGAAUAGUAGUAAUUUAUAUCAUAAAAAGUUGAAGAUUUUGGAUUCACUGAAAACAUUUAAGUUUAAUUACCCCCAUAAUAAUAAGUUGAAGUUAAAUUAGAUGAUACUUUGGGAUUUGAUAAUAAGGAUGAAAAUAAUAUAGGAUUUACUAAUACAAAUACUGAAGAUCUUCAUGGAAUUAAGUAAUAGGAAGAUUAAUAAAUCAAUAUUUAAUUUGAAAAUCAAGAUGAAAAACAUCAAGUAUUUGAUAUUUAAUUUGAUGAUGGAUUUGGUGCUCAUUUUGAUAAUAGAAACUCCAUAGAAUAAAAUCCAUCAAUACAUUUCGACUAAAAUUUUGUGUUUGAUUAAGGAAUUAAACAAGCAGAUGAAGUUUAAAUUGAUUUUGAUGCUAAUAAAGAGUUUGGGGGAAGUGAUUGGGCUGGAUUUGGUGAUAAUUUUGUUAAAGGAUCUCCACAAUAAAAAGAAGAGUUUUAAACAUUUAAAUGGUGA